AUGGGCAUGUCGACGCAAUUGCUCUUCACUGCCAUCAUCACGUUCAUGAAGGUCGCAAUUCUUCUCACCUACAUACGCAUAUUUCCGUCAAAGCUCGACAAGUGGUUCUGCCGCUUGAUGAUCUUCUACACGGUGACUCUGAACACGGCCUGCUUCUUCAUCACCCUGUUCCAAUGCUCGCCCGCCAGCACGUACUGGGAGAUCUUCAAGUACAUCAACACAGCCAAGUGCCUCAACAUCAAGGCGAUCUACUACUUCCACUCGGCGCAAAACACAUUCAGCGACUUCGUCAUCUUCCUAUGGCCCGCAAGAAACCUUUUGAACGUUCAAGUAUCGCUCCGUCAGCGCGUAACUUUGACGAGCAUGUUUUCGCUUGGUGUCAUGUAG